AUGAUGCUAUCAUCCUCCUGGCUGCUACUGGCUCUGGCCUACAUUGUCUUCUACUUUCUUGUACAAUCGGUCUAUCGUCUCUUCUUCCACCCUUUAAGCAGAUACCCGGGUCCKAAACUGACGGCCGCCACCUUCCUCUACGAGUUCUACUACGAUGUGAUCAAGGGGGGCCAGUUCCUAUUCCAGAUCGAAAAGAUGCAUGAGAGAUACGGCCCCAUCGUCCGGAUCAAUCCUCGAGAAUUACACAUCAAAGACCCCUCGUUUUACGAUACGAUUUACGCCGGUGGAGCCCACAAACGCGACAAAGAUCCCGGAUGGGUUCAUGUAAACGGGGCUCCCUUGUCUACCGUCUCCACAAUCAGCCAUGACCAUCACCGGUUCCGCCGUAGCAUCCUCAGCGAGUUCUUCUCCAAGAAAUCCGUCACGGCACUCUCUCCAAUCAUCGAAGAGAGAGUAAUAAAGCUAAUGCAACGCUUCCAAGAAGCGUACGACAGCAAGUCAACCAUACAGGUGGAUGCUGCGUUUUCAGGACUCACCGCGGAUGUGAUCACGCACUAUGCAUACGGUAAAAGCUGGGGCUUCCUCGAGGACCCGCAGUUCCGCAGUGAUAUCCGGACAGCAACAAGCGAGCUCACGAAUGCCGUGCAUUGGUUUCGCUUCUUCCCGCUCCUGGUGACAAUCUUUCGCAUGAUUCCGGCACAGAUAAUGUGUUUCAUCCAACCGGGUAAAACCGCCUUGUUUGAAUUCCAGAAAUCCAUCUUCGAUCAUGCCGCCCAGUCGCAGUCCAAGUGUGACGAGAGCGCCAGAACGAUCUUCAACAGACUGACAGACCCCUCCAUUCCGCCGGAAGAACGGAGUCUCGCCCGUAUUCAGGAUGAGGCUUUGAUCAUCCUUGUGGCGGGCACAGAGACCACUGCACGGACCUUGACCAUCGCCACAUUUUACAUGGCGAAUGAACCGAGAAUAUGGAAGAAACUACGGCACGAGUUGCAGUCGAGUGUUCUGCCCACGCCGAGCAGCACGGCGACGUGGGCUGAGUUGGAAAAGUUGCCGUAUCUGAACGCAGUAAUCAAUGAAGCCCUUCGUCUAUCGUACGGGGUUGUGGUUCGCCUUUCAAGAAUUGCCCCGACUGAGACGCUGAAGUACAGGGACUAUGCGAUUCUUCCGGGGACACCUGUAAGUAUGUCCGCAUACUUUGUUCAUCAAGAUCCAUCAAUCUUCCCCGACCCGCAGACCUUCAGGCCAGAGCGCUGGAUCGAGGCAUCCGACCAGCCGGAGCGUUUGACCAAGUAUAUCGUGUCGUUUACCCGGGGAAGCAGAAUCUGUUUGGGCAUGAAUCUCGCGUAUAUCGAGCUCUUCAUGACCAUCGCCUACAUGGUCCGUCGGUUCGACAUGGUUCUGCAUGAGACUACCUUCGAGGAUAUCCGGAUCGUACGUGAAUACGUGCUGGGGCUUUCCAAACAUGGUGAGCCUAGGGUGUUUACAAAGGUGACGAAUAUGCUCCAGGAGUAG